AUGAAGUUUAGAAAUUUCUUUUUAGAAUAAUUCUUCAAAUAUAUUUUCAUUGUCAAAAUUCGCUAAAAUAAGUAAUCUUAUGAGUUUUAAUUUGAUAUUGUGAAAAUAACUCUAAUAGAAAACCUUGUGAACUCAUCUGAUUUAGGGUAGUCAUGUAAUUUCAUUUUGAAUUUAUAUUAAUCAGAUUUUCUUUUGUUAAAUUUAAAUUGUUUUUGGGAAUCCAAGAUUUUUAUUUAUUUAAAUAUCAGAUUGAUGAUGAUGUUGAUAUAUGCCAUUAUUUUGAAUUCAACAUGGUCAUUUGAAAUAGAAAAAAUAGACUCCUAAUACUAGGUAGCACAAUAAUUAGUGAAGAUUCGAGAUUAUGAUUUUUAGCUAACAAAAUAUUUUAGCUAUGGUAUAUGGUCUAAAUAUACUCCGCUAAGUGCAAUACCUUAAACUGGUCCAGUUGGGUUGUUUGAUAGUAAUUGCUAUCAUAUUCAUAACAUACUUGAUAGGAAAAGAAAUGAAAUAAAUUUAAUAUAUUACGACUGUCUAGAUUAUGAGGCAAAAAAAAUAACAAAGGCUCUAAAGUUUGUUAACAAUGAAGAUGAAUAAAAAGAAUAUGUAAUUGAGGUUGAAAUAUUUUAUUAUGAAAGCUUUUGGUAUUUUCUUGAAGUGCUUUAAUGGCCUUUAUAAAAACGAUUCGAAAUUUUAAUAAUAUCAUAAUAAUAAAUAGUACUUCAUAGCAUUGAUGAAAUUAAGUAUCCAUUUUUUGGAGAAGAUCUCUCAUUUAAUUUUGGAAAUAGCUUGAUUGUAGUUAAAUCAAGAAUAGAAUCAAUUUAAAAAAAUUAAAAAUUCUCAUACUUCCCUGGAAUUAUUAUGAUAUAAAAAUUUUAAAUAUUAGAUGAACUGACUAUCAUUGAUUGGUUUGAUGAUGUGAAAAGUCUAUUUGUUGAUUACGAAAACUGUUAUUGUAACCCAAAUGAAAUAGUAGAUAUUCAAGAUUUGAAUAUCAACUCUUUAUAAAAAGGACUGUUAGUUUCAUAAAAUUAAAAUUGCGAUUCUUUUUUUUUAUAAGGAUGGGUAAAAAUCUAAGAAAUCAUAAAGAAAGACAAUCAGUUUAUUUAUCCAUUCAUAAAAUUAGCUGCUAAUUAUGAAAGUUCACUUUUAACUAGUGAUAACUUAUCCCCCUUUUAAAUUCAAUAUUAAAUAUCAGAUAUUUAGAAUUAAGUAAUUGUAAAAACUUAUAGCUACACUUUUCCAACAGUUACAAUCGAUUUCUCUAAUAAUCCAUUUCUAAUAGAGAAAUCUUUUGAUAUUGUUCAUAGCAUCAAUUUAUGGCAUAAAAUAAAAGUUGAGUUGAUAGGUAAUUCAAUAGAUAUUUAAAUUAAAUUUUAUGAAUAGUUAAUGAUUCAUGAGUAUAGACUUUAAUUAGAAGUGAAUCAAUUUUAAUCAUAUUAAUUUAAAUUGUUGUAUGGAAAUAUUUAAUCACUUAAUUCAAAUUAUUUGCAUAUAUUAUUAAGGAACUUCUAUUUUUCUAAUUGCGAUUAGCCUUUUUCUGAUGAUAAUUGCCACUACAAUUGUGAAGAAUGUGAUGGCCCCACAAAGGAAGAUUGCCUAUCUUGCUCAAAGGAAUCCAAGAGAAUUUAUUUGCCUGAACAUAAAGUGUGUAUCUGUCCAUAUAAUACUAUUGAUGAUUAAAUUUGUAUCGAUUAUGAAGAAGUAGGUUUAGAAUUUAUCGAUGAGACUUUUUUAAAUAAUGAGUGCCCAUAUGGUUAUUUUGAAUUAGAUAAUGAAUGUUUAAAAUGGUAAUUCUUGCAUAUAAUAUAUCUAGUCCUUCGAUAAUAAGGAAAGAUUUAAUCACAUGUACAGACUGUUUGUAAAAUCCAAAGUCUUUUAGUUAAUAUCCUUAUUGUGAAAAUGAUUUACACAUAAAUCAAGCUUAAUAGACAGAAGAACUUUAAUGGAGUUAUCCUGAUUAACUAUUAUUUGAUGGAAAUGAUUUUAAUUACUUUGGGUCCUGGUAAUUUCCUAUAAAUGAUUUUAAAAGCCUAUACUUAGGUUUUUUAUAUCGAUCAAGCUUUUUUCCACUUUAUUGCAACAAAGAAUAUGAAAAUUGCGAUAGCUAGUAAAUUGAUAGAUGCAAAGAAUAAGUUACAACUGUUGUAGGAGUGAGAUGUAACGGGUGUAAAGAAGACUAUAUAUUAAAAGACAACUACUGUAUUAGUUAAUAUGUUGGCAGAUAAAAGAAUUGUUUGACACCCUAUUAUAAAAGCUCUAAUGGUUAGUGCAAAUUAUGCUCUAAAAAGAAUUGUAUAUAUUGUUUCGAAUACUAGAAAGAUGAAUCUUCUAUCAAAAGUACUUUGUUUCAAAAUUUUGAAAGUUUUAAUAACGAUGAAAUGAUAUAAAUUGGUUGUGCAAUGUGUGUUGAUGGCUUUAUGUUUGACUUUAUUAUUGGGGAAUGUUUAAGCUAAUAAUCAAAAAUUUAAACAUGUUUAAGAUCAUUUAUCAAUUUGGAUGGUAUUGAAAUAUGCACUCUCUCAAGCUAAAAUGAUUUUAGUGUUGCGCCUGAAAUUAUAAAUUGCGAAAAAUAUUACUCCAAUUGCUUAUAAUGUGUUCUUAGUCCUAAAUCCAGGCUGCAAUGCAUAUUCUGUAGAUAAGGUUUUGUGAGCUCUAUUACAUCAGGGACCUGUCAAUUAAGUGGUGCAUUUUUGCCAUCUAAUUACGCCACUUCUAAUAUAUAAGGAGGAAAUUAGGCUGAUGCUCAUGUUCAAUUAAUUUAGAGUUUUUAAAUGUAAUUUUUACCUGAUUCAUAUUAUUACUUAAACAUUCCAGAAAGUAUAUUUGAGUAUGAAAUUAAAUGUAUCAAAGGGUUUAGUUUGACACAGCAUGGAGGUUGCCAAAAGUAUUGUAGUAGUGAAUGUUUAAAUUGUAAAUAGGAUGUUAUAAAUUUCGUUUGUUUGAAAUGUCCUUUAAAUUACUACAAAUAAACUAUGCGAGCUUAGCUUGAAGGCCAAUGUGUAGUCUGUUCCAAUUUAUGCUAAUAUUGUGAAAUGAGAACUUAAGAAGAAAUUUUUGUAAAAUCUCAAACAUAUUUUAGCCCCUAAAUGCAAAUUUUUAACUCCAGGAAUCAAAUGCGUAAUUUAUUACAAAAUGUCUAAAACCAAAUGAUGAUCCUAAUAUAGCUAUCAAUCCUUAUUAUAAUAAUGUUAAAUACUGUUUUAAUAAAGUUUGUAUAAAUUGGUUUUCAUUCUCGAUAUAUUUUAAUUAUUGUAUCAACAAUAGAUAUUCUCCAGGAAUGUAUGAAAUGGAUAUGAAUUUUUAAUAUUGCAACCAAGUGGGAGUAGAUUAUUUGACGAUCGAUUAUAUUAUUUCAAUUUAGGAAGAAAAUUAAAAUUGUGAUUCAAUUAAAUUAAUUUUAUUGAAUGACUUCAAGUCGACAAUAUUUUCAUUAAAGAAAACUCAUAUGAGAUUAUAUUCAGUUCAUAAAAAUAUUUUGGGUCCAAACCGCAGAAUCAACAUAACCAAUUAUGAUUCAGUAGAACUCAAAAACAUAACCUUUAAAAGGUUUUCUGGUUGUGUAUUUGGAAAUCGUGACAAAAAAGUAGAGAUAACAUUAAACAAUUCAAAAUUAAUCAACACCAACUACCUUAGUGUAGUAAUUUUUAUAACAUAAAUAUAUGGAAAUAUUCUGAUUUAAGAUGUUGAGAUUUUAGAUAGUGUCUUUGUUGAUUCAACUUUUUUUGAGUUUUAAAAAUAAUCUGAUUUAAUACCAUUUAAAAUAAAGAAUUUGACCUUCAAGAAUUGUAUUCUAAAAAACUCAACUUUAUUUAAUAUUGACUAUAUUUAAGACAUUGCAACUAUUGAAAAUAUCAUUAUCUAAAAUUGUUCACUAUUAAAUUCUUCAUUUUUUUCACUAUAAACAAUAUUGAACCGAGUCGCUAAAAUUAUAUUAUAGGAUGUUGAAAUCAAUCAAUGUAACUUUGAUAAUUCCUUUUUCCUCAAAGGUUACAGUAAUUUUGAUAUAGAAGGAAAUAACCUAUUUUUCCAUCAUAACAAUCUUUUUAAUUCGGUGAUAAUUGCUUUUAAUGAUAAUACAGAUUUACUCAGGAUUAGAACAAGUUAUAACACUCUUAUUGAAUCGUCAAUUUUAUCAACAUUAUUGCAAGUAUAUUAAAAAAGGCUUGUAUGCACAAUCGAUGAUUUUGAAGAUAAUUUUAGUGCGUUUUAAGAAUCAAGUUUAAUAAUAAUUUACUCUAAUCUUCAAAUCAAUAAUUUCAUUGUUAAUAUUAAAAAUGUUAAAGUGUAAAAAAAUAACCUAUUUGGUAAGUUACAUCUAAAAAAUUAACUAUUUAAAUUGCAUUGCCAUUCAUUAAAAAUCUAAAAUGCUUACUUUUUUAAUUUACAAAAGUUAGCUGUGUUUUAUCUUUAUCAAAGUAAUUAGAUAGUUUUCGAUUCCAUAAUAUUUGAAAACUUUUAAUAAAAAUAUAAAGUUCCUGUCUCUCAACUCUGUACUGAUCUAGAAUAAUUUAGGAAUUAACCAUUUUAAGUUUUAGGUUUUCAGUAGUUAUCAUUAUCAAACAUUAAAAUUAUAAAUCAAUUUAGUAUCAAUUAUUCAUUAAUGGAUAUCAAUUUUAGUAAUCAGUACAUAAUUGAUACUAUAGGGAUGAUUAUAUUAACGAAUAUAGAGUUUAGAGGGAAUAUCAUAAUAUUGAACAAACUAGCCACAUCAAUAUCAUUGUUAAAUAUAUACUCUCAAUAUAAUUUAAAUAUAAAAUCGGACAAUUUUAAGUUUAUGCAAAAUGUUAUUCAUUCAUAAAUUUAUGGAACACUUAUCACAUAAAUAAAUUUAUUGCAUAUAAAUUCAUUAGACAGUUUUGUUUAAUUACUAUAAGUAUAUUUUUAUCAAAAUGCAUUAACUAAUUCAACUAAUCCAUUUAUUACUCUUAGUGCUGCUGUGAUUGAAAUUUCUAAUCUAACCUUUAUGAAUUCUAAUGUUUUAUCUUAAAAGUUAUGGGAAUAAUUUUAUGAUUUUGAAUUAGAGGAUUAACAUAAUUAAUAAGAGAUUAACUACAUUAUUGAAUCAACAUUUAACAUGUAAAAUUCAGGAAUUUAUAUUGUAGCUUCAACUUUUAGUUGUAAAGAUAGUCUUUUUUAAGAUAUUAUUGCUAUUAAAAGUUCAGUUUUUUUGAUUUAAACUCAAGGGUAAGGAAUAAUCAAAAUAAGUAACCUCUAGAUAUAUUCUAUUUAUAAUAAUCUAAAAGAUAGCGGAGGUUCAGGUUGCAUAACUGUAGAUUCGACAAGUAGUCUUUUAUCUAUUGAUAUAAAGCAAAUCAAAUUUACAAACAUUUUCAAUAGAAUGGCUGCAUCAGUAUUUACAAUUACCCCUUCCUUAAGAUAAAAUGUUAUUCGUUUAACUAAUAUUGAAAUACAGAAUUGCCUUUCCUUAAUGAAUACAAUAAUGUUAGUUAAAUUUUCAGCAGAUGUUAUGAAAUAAAGCUUAGUAAGUAUUAAUAAAUUAUACAUUUAUUAAAGUGAAGAAUUUUGGUUUUAAUUAUUUUCCUUGAUUGGUUCAAUAUUAUCAUCAGAAUUAGUUAGGAUACAGAGCGAAGAGAAUGCUAUGUUUUUCUUUGAGAAUUGUAAAAUUGAUAUCCAAUAUCUGAUUAUAGAAGGAAUUGUAAUCUCUCCAAUCUUAAAAAUUUAAAAUGCUUUUAAAUUAAAGCUUUUUGAUUGUAAACUAGAAUAUAUACAAAAAUUAUAUUCAUUUGAUCUCAUACAAAUAACUUAAACCACAAGAACUGAAUCGAUGAUUUCUAUUGAGAAACUAAAAAUAAUUUAAAGUUCUACUUAUAAAGAAAAAUAAAACGGAAUUCCUAUCUUUUCUGAUUUGAAUUACAAAAUUUCAGGAUGCACAAUGUGGAGAAACACAUCAAUAACACAAUAACCUUCUUUUUCAGACAUCAUAAAUUAGAUAUAAUCCUCUGUUCAAUCAAAUCAGCUGAUAUAUGUGAAAAGUAUCUCUGACUAAAAUUCCCUUAUGUUUUAACAGAUACAAAUUAUUAAUAAUAAUGGAUCAGACUUUUCGAAUGGAAUAAUCACUUUUGAAGUUGAACAAUUCAAAAUUUUUAAAAUAAAAGAUAUUUUUUGUUUCUAGAAUAGUGUGAAAGAACAUGGUUGCAUUUAUUUUUUUAUCUAAAAUUACAUUAGUUCAAUUAUUUUAAUCAAAGAUUCUUAUUUUAUUUAGAAUAAGGGUAGUCUUGGAGGUGCAUUACUAAUUUAAAAUGUUAGAUUAAGAAUGACAAAUUGUAAAAUAAUCUCAAAUUCUGUAAGCAAGUCAGGGGGAGGAUUGUUUCUAUAAUUAAAUGAGUCUGAUUUUUAAAUUGAAUAAACAAUAAUCACUAAUAAUGAGGCUUCAGAUGGAGGGGGAAUUUUUUUCAACUAAGAUGCAAAUAUACUCCUUCAUAAUUUUAUGAAGUCGUUUUUACUAUUAAAUAGAGCAAAAUAAUUUGGAGAUAAUCUUAUUGAAUCUCCCAACCAUUUAACAUUACUUAUCAACAACAUGCAGAUGCCAUCUAAAAAGUAUACCAUUAACAAAACGCUCAAUCAUCAUUUAGAGCUCUAACCCUAUAGAAUUAUUUAAUAAGGAAAGCCUUUAAUUACAAAUUAUUUAAUGAUUCCAAGUCAUUAAGUUAUCAAUGAGUAUCAAAUUUAUCAGCCAUCUAGCAAUUAAUAUUUUUCAUACAUUUCAAAUUUCGCUCUAAUUUUAAAGAAUAGUUUAAAUGAAUAACUUAUGAAUCUUCUUAGUACUACAUGCAUUCUAACGAACAAAAUUAUUUACGAAGAAAGCUUGAAUUAAGUUGAUGAGGAGGCAAAGGAAAUACUGUUGUAAUUUGAUUUAGAAAAAGAUUACUAUAAUUUGGGUUCACUUUCAUUCAUUUUAGACCCUUAUAUUUAAGAAAAAAAACUAUUAUAAAUUGAGAUUAAUUGUAAAUCAUCACAGCAUUAACAAAGUUUGAAUUACAUGAUAUAAGUUAAAAGUUUGAAAUGUUAACUUGGAGAAUUUUAUGUAAAUUCUGGGUGUCAAAUUUGCUCAUCAAUUUAAGGAUUUUACUCUGUAGUAUAUGAUGCAACAAAGUGUUCAAUAUUUGAUAAAACCAAAUUUAAAAACAUAACUGAAAAUAAUAUCGAAUUACUAGAGGGCUUUUGGAGACCUAAUUUUUUAUCGGAUUCAAUAGAGCAUUGCUUUAAAAAUAUAAAGUUUUGUAAAGGUGGUUGGGGAUAAGGAAAUUAAAUAUGUGAUUAAGGACACAUUGGAGCAUUAUGUGAAGAAUGUGAUAUUUAUAAUGUUAGAGGAGAAGGAAAAUAUUUUUAAAAUUAAUAGGAUUCAUAGUGUAUAUCUUGUUUUGGUGUCGAAGACAGUAUAAUCCCAUUUAUAGCAGGAUCGAUUUGGUAAUUUGGUUUUUUAUUUAGGUCGUUUAUAUCAAUUAUUAUUACCUUAAGGAGCAUUGAAUAGUCUAAUCAAUUAUUCAAAAGUUUGAAAUUAAAAUAAAGAUUCAGCAAAAUUAUUUUUAACCUAGAAUAAGGUAAUUCCAUCAUUUAUUUUAAGGGCAUGAAGGUUUUUUAAUAAAAAUGUUAUUAAACUAUUUAUGGAUUUUCGCCGUGAUAUUUACAUUUAAUAUACAAUUUUCUUUUUCAUUUACUUUUGUUGAUUCAGUCAGUAACACUUCUUACUCUAUGACUAAUAACCUGGACUGUUAUUUAUCAGAAAAUCAAUCAAUAAAAUUGAUUUACUCAAAAAUAAUUACAAUGCUUCUACUCAUGACAAUUUAAUUUUUACUUAUAAUUAUGGGAUAUCUAAUUUAUAAUUAAUAUAAGAAGAUUGGAUUGAGCAAUUUCAAUUUAGAAACUAUUUCUAAUACACUACUUUACCUUUAUGUAUCUAAUUAUGGCGGAUUAGUAAAAAUGUAUUUCAACUUCUAUUAAUUUUAGGUAUUUUUCCAUUGUUUCAAAAAGAGUUGUUUCAAACCAAAGUUACAUACAAGGUGAUGUUUCACUCCUUUUUGGAUCUUAAGAACAUGUAAUUUGGAUUUCCUCCUUUGUAAUUCCAGGAAUAGUUAUUUUUAGUGUGAUUAUUCCUCUUUCUAUAUUUAUUGUUAUGUACAUUAAGAAGGAUUAACAUGAUAAUAUUAAAAUCAGAAAGCAUUUUUGUUAUCUAAUUAACGAAUACAAUAAAAGAAACUACUUUUGGGAAGAAAUAAAAUUAAUAAAAAAAACAAUCAUUAUACUAAUCUUAACAUAUUUUGAGACUUAUAUUCUUCUCAAAGCAUCAUUGUUAGGGUUAUGUUUACUUUUUUAUUAGUUAUUUGCGUUUAAUAUGAAACCAUACAUCCUCUUCAAUUUCAAUAACAAGGAUUUAUCUUCAGCACAAAUUUGCUCUAUCGCGAUUUUUCUUGGUGCUGCUAAAUAUGUAGCAGAAUAAGAAAAUAAUUUAUUUUCCUCAAUAUUACUCUAAACAAUAAUUGUGUUACUUUGUCUUAAACUUUGCUAUUCAUUUAUCAAAAGCAUAUUAGAAGUUUAUUCUAACAAGUACACUUUCUUAAUUUUAAAUUAUUUACUUAUAAUUUUGAAUAAGAUUUCAAAAGAAUCAAUCUUAACAGAAAAGUUACAAACUUAUUUGCUAAAAUAGAGAUAAAAAAAUUAGAGAUUGAAAAUUUUGAUUAGUAAGCUUCGGCAACAUCUUUUAAAGGUUUCAAAAGGCCAGCUUGAAUAUCAUAGGAAAAUUGUAAGUUCACAGAACUAUAAUACUUAGAAAUUAAAGUCUGAUUAAAAAUACCUUUUAAAAAUAGAGACAGAAUGA